AUGGCGAUUCCGGCGAAGCUGACCCGCUGCAGCGGGAUGGUGAUGCUGUGCCUUUUUCUGGAGCUGCUGUUGGCAGCCAGUGCCAGGAAUAUCCUAUACUCAGUGCCAGAAGAGACAGACAAAGGUUCCUUCGUGGGCAACAUUGCCAAGGACCUGGGACUGGAGCCCCGGGAGYKGGCUGAGCGCGGAGUCCGCAUCGUCUCCAGAGGUAGGACGCAGCUUUUCUCUUUGAACCCGCGAAGCGGCAGCUUGGUCACCGCAGGCAGGAUAGACCGGGAGGAGCUCUGCGCCCAGAGCGCACGGUGUCUGGUGAGUUUUAACAUCCUUGUUGAGGAUGAAAUGAAACUUUUCCCUAUUGAAGUAGAAAUAAUUGAUAUUAAUGACAACACUCCACAAUUCCAGUUUGAAGAACUGGAAUUUAAAAUGAAUGAAAUAACGACUCCAGGUACCAGGAUCCCUCUUCCUUUUGGGAAAGACCUUGAUGUGGGUAUGAACUCACUCCAGAGCUACCAGCUCAGUUACAACCCUCAUUUCUCCCUGGAUGUGCAACAUGGACCUGAUGGGCCCCAACAUCCAGAGAUGGUGCUGCAGAGUCCGCUAGACAGAGAAGAAGAAGCUGUUCACCACCUUGUGCUCACUGCCUCUGAUGGGGGCAGCCCAGUUCAUUCAGGGACCGUCCGCAUUCGUGUUCAGGUGGUGGAUGUGAAUGAUAACCCUCCAGCCUUUACUCAGGCAGAAUAUCAAACGAGUGUCCCUGAGAAUGUCCCACUAGGCACCCAGUUACUCAUGGUAAAUGCCACUGAUCCAGAUGAGGGAGCCAAUGGAGAAGUAACAUACUCCUUUCAUAAWAUAGACCACAAAGUGGCCCAAGUAUUUCAGUUGGAUUCAUACACAGGAGAAAUAUCAAAUAAAGAACCACUGGAUUUUGAAGAAUACAAAAUUUAUCCAAUGGAAAUUCAAGCUCAGGAUGGUGCUGGACUCAUGGCCAGAGCUAAGGUGCUAAUCAAAGUUUUGGAUGUAAAUGAUAAUGCCCCAGAAGUGAGUAUCACUUCUGUUACCACUGCAGUCCCAGAAAAUUUUCCUCCUGGGACCAUAAUUGCUCUUAUCAAUGUGCAUGACCAGGACUCAGGAGAAAAUGGUCAUAUCACAUGCUCCAUUCCUGAAAAUCUACCUUUUAAAUUGGAAAAGUUAGUUGAUAAUUAUUACCGUUUAGUAACAGAAAGAACACUGGACAGAGAACUUACUUCUGAAUACAACAUCACAGUAACAGCAACAGAUCAAGGAAAUCCAACUCUGUCUACCCAAACUCACGUUUUGCUCCUAGUGACAGACAUCAAUGACAAUCCCCCGCUUUUCUAUCAGGACUUCUAUUCUAUCUACAUUCCUGAAAAUAACCCCAGAGGGGCCUCUAUCUUCUCAGUGAGAGCCCAGGAUAUUGACAGCAAUGAAAAUGCUCAAAUCACUUACUCCCUGGUGGAGGACAUCAUUCAGGGAGCACCUUUGUCCUCCUACCUCUCCAUCAACUCCGACACUGGGGUCAUUUACACAUUGAGAUCUUUUGACUAUGAACAGUUCCAGAACUUGCAACUGAGAGUGACAGCCCAAGAUAGUGGGAACCCACCACUCAGCAGCAAUGUGUCACUUAGCCUAUUCAUCCUGGACCAGAAUGACAAUACUCCAGAGAUCCUGUACCCUGUCCUUCCUACGGAUGGUUCCACUGGCGUAGAGCUGGCACCCCGCUCUGCAGAGCCUGGAUACCUGGUGACCAAAGUGGUGGCAGUAGACAGAGAUUCAGGUCAGAAUGCAUGGCUGUCCUAUCGCCUGCUCAAGGCCAGUGAGCCAGGGCUUUUCUCAGUGGGGCUGCACACAGGUGAGGUGCGUACAGCAAGGGCCCUGCUAGACAGAGAUGCUCUCAAGCAGAGUCUUGUGGUAGCUGUCCAGGACCAUGGCCAGCCCCUUCUUUCAGCCACAGUCACACUCACCAUAGCUGUGGCAGACAGCAUCCCUGACAUCCUGGCAGACCUGAGCAGCAUCAGUACCAUUGCCAACCCUGAAGACUCAGACCUCACCUUGUACCUGGUGGUGGCGGUGGCUACAGUCUCCUGUGUCUUUCUUGCCUUUGUCACUGUGCUGCUGGCACUCAGACUUCGGCGCUGGCACUCAGCACGUUUGCUCCAGGCAGCWGGCAGUGGGUUAGAAGGCAUGCCUGCCUCACACUUUGUGGGCAUUGAAGGAGUUCGUGCUUUCCUGCAGACCUAUUCCCACGAGGUCUCCCUCACCACGGACUCCAGGAAGAGUCACCUGAUCUUCCCUCAGCCCAACUAUGCAGACACACUCAUCAGUCAGGAGAGCUGUGAGAAAAAGGAUUUUCUAUCAGUACCGCAGAAUGGUUUAUUAUACAGCAAAGAUAACUGA